UAAGCGAUUCAAGCAGCAGUCUAAGUUCAGCAUUUGCCGCAACGUGUUCAUAGCGCGUCCCAAAGUCGAGAGCAGAGAGUUCGAACAUCAGAAAAAUGGCAAAGGAUAACUUAACUGCAGUUUUAUAUGGCAUUGAAGAUCUGCGAUUGGAGCAACGUCCUGUACCGGUAAUUGCUGAUGAUGAGGUCCUUCUUGCGAUGGAUUCCGUCGGAAUUUGCGGCUCUGAUGUGCACUAUUUGGAAAAGGGGGGUAUUGGCGAUUUUAUUUUGACGAAACCCAUGAUCAUUGGCCAUGAAGCGGCCGGUGUGGUGGCCAAGGUUGGAAAAAAUGUGAAAAACCUAGUCGUUGGCGAUCGCGUCGCCAUCGAGCCGGGUGUGCCAUGCCGCAUCUGUGAUCAUUGCAAGCAGGGUCAGUACAACCUUUGUGCAGAUAUGGUCUUUUGCGCCACGCCACCCUAUGAUGGAAAUCUUACGCGCUACUUUAAACAUGCGGCCGAUUUUUGCUACAAGUUACCGAAUCAUGUUACCAUGGAGGAGGGUGCGCUGCUGGAGCCCCUGUCUGUGGGAGUGCACGCCUGCCGAAGGGCCGGCGUUGGCUUAGGUUCUAAAGUACUUAUUCUGGGAGCAGGACCAAUUGGCUUGGUCACACUUCUUGUUGCUCAAUCCAUGGGAGCUUCAACAAUUUUGGUAGCAGACCUGACCCAACAACGUUUGGAUGUGGCAAAGGAACUAGGUGCCACCCAUACGCUAUUGCUGACGACACAAAUGAGUGCAGAGCAAGUGAGAGACCGUGUGCGUCAGAUAAUAGGAGAAGCGGACAAGUGCAUUGAGUGUUGUGGUGCUGAGUCUACCACCAAGGCGGGUAUCUUGGCUACUCGAUCCGGAGGUGUUGUCGUCGUUGUGGGUAUGGGAGCCCCUGAGGUCAAAUUACCCUUGAUUAAUGCUUUAUCACGAGAAGUCGAUAUACGAGGCGUAUUUAGAUACUGUAACGAUUACCCCGCCGCCUUGGCACUUGUCGCAUCGGGAAAGGUGAAUGUGAAACGUUUGGUGACCCAUCACUUUGAUAUAACCGAAACAGCUAAAGCUUUUGAUACCGCACGAAGCAGAGCUAGCGGAGCCAUAAAAGUCAUGAUUCACGUGCAACCCAAAGAUGCCAACAACCCUGUUAAGUUUUAAGUAUUUCGAUUUAGAAACAUUUAGAAACCGUUUUGUAUACUCUCAAAAAGAUUUGACGCAAAAUUGUAUUCGGCAUGUAUAAAAAUUAAACACAUAUUUCUUUCGGCCUAA